AUGACGAAUCCAAACAAGGACCCCUAUGUUUCUAAAGCGACAAAGAAAGCACUCAUGGUAAAAAUCUUUAGUUCAACACCAAAUGCUUGGUUUAUGGAUAUCUUGGAAAACAUUCCGAGGUAUAGAGAAGAUGGACCACCAUACUGGCUAAUAUUUGUUGGUCAAAACACAAGAUACUGUGAAGCCAUACCAUUAUGGUCCAAAAAUAUUUUAGAUGUGAAAACUGCUUUGACAAUAUUCGUUGACAAAUACCAUCCAACAAAACUGACAUCUGACUGUGAAAGUUCUUUCAAAUCAGAUGAUGUAAAAAACUAUCUGCGUUCAAAAAAUGUAAACCAAUAUUUCAUUGUCGACCAAAACCAUUCUGCUCUUGGUGUCAUUGACGGUUGUAUAAAAAUGUUAAGAGACUUAAACCAACCACAAGGUGGUGAGGUAGAU